AUGGAGAGUAGCACAAGCGGCCGAAGCCAUACAGCGCAUAGCAAAUUAAGUAAAAGGCAAUUAUUCAAAAAGCGUUAUCAACAAUUUUUUGGACAAGCAUGGAUCGACUCUCCUGCUCUUGGCAGUCAAUUCUAUAACAGCGUCAUUCGAUCGAACCAUCAAAACUUCAAAUUUUUAUAUCCUAGUCAACGUGUAUCAAUUCAAAAUGGCAACUCCGAGGAUUGGGAUAUCACACUAUUAGCGGCACUUCUACUGAAUAUCUCCAGGCCACAAACUCUAAGUUCUGCUCUACAGCAAGCGCUAGAUACCGAAGAUAAAUAUCUAAAAGAUUUAAGAGAUAUUCGCAAUGACUUAGCACAUCAUGCUACAAGACUAAUCACCGAUAUUGAAUUCAGUAUCACAUGCAAAAAACUAAAAUCUAUUCUAAUAUUUUUCGGUGAAGAUGAUACAGAACUAGACAAACUAGUCGAUGAUAUCGAAUUAAAAUCGUCGAAAGAGAUUUUCGAUGACACCAGUGUUAAAGAAAUGAACGCUUUAAACGCCUUAGGCAAGCAAUCGUUCAAAGACAAAAAUUUUAAAGACGCUAUUAAACACUUUACGAAUGCUACUGUUUUGCCGCAUUUACCGGCUGACAAGCGGGCUUUACUCUAUUCAAAUCUAUCAAGCUCUCGACUAGCCCUUUAUGAACAAGUACAACAAACCGGUUCGACCUAUAAAGAACUCGCAACAAGUGACGACGAACGCUAUCAUGCGUUGAGAGAUGCAAAACAAGCACGUAAUCUGUGGCCGACCUGGUGGAAAGCACAUCUUCGUGUAGGUAAUGCGUAUUAUUCCAUAAACGAAUUUGAGAAAGCAGUUAACUCUUUUGAACGUGCCUUUGCACUUGACCCUUUGAAUCCUGAAGUCAAACAAGCUUUAGAUGAUAGUCGAUCUAAAUACAGUGAACAACAACGUCACGAACAUCUUGAUCCGCAUGUGAAACCGCAGACAAUGGACGAUCUUUUAUAUCACAUGGAUAAAAACUUUGAAAUCGACCGAGAUCAGGUUCGUUCAGGCCAAUUCUUAGUGGAAAUGAUCGGCGAUUCUGCUCUAGCGAAUGUUACUAAGGGACAUCAAUAUCUUAUGGGUGACAUAGAGAUGGGAAUUAAACAAGAUUAUGGGAAAGCGGUAAAAUAUUUUACUGAAGCUGUAAGACAUGGCAGUGCUGAAGGAAUGUAUAAUCUAGCUAUAAUGUAUGAUCGUGGCUUAGGUGUAGAAACAAAUCAUAGGUAUGCGACUCAUUUUUUUGAACAAGCAGCAGUACAACCACCAAAAAUCACUAAUACUAAUUUGACAAACAUAGGUGUAGCACAAGCGCAACAUGCACUCGGAUUACGAUAUUAUAAUGGUAUUGAUGUACCUAAAAAUCACGCAACUGCUGUGUAUUGGUACAAAUUAGCUAUGGAUAACGAUUAUGAGCUUGCUGCAAAUAAUUUAGGAAUUAUGUAUAAAGAUGGUGGUGGUAUUACACAGGAUUAUGUUAAAGCAGAACAAUGUUUUCAAUUUGCAGCUAAAAAAGGUGAACCAAAUGCAAUGUAUACAAUGUCUCAAUUGUCACUUAAGAAAAAUGAUUUUCUGAUGGCAAGAGAAUGGCAUCAACGUGCAUGUGAUGCUGGUCAUGUUUUAGCACUAACGAAUAAGGAAAGCUUCCUAGAAGGUAUAAAUAAGAGAGCAGCAUUAGUCAAUAAAUUAGGACCAAAUUCAUUGAAUCGGCUGAAUCAAUUGACCAAAAUAAUGGACUUAGCAAGUAUAAAACCAAUGCCAAGUAUGAGUGACUCUCGCAUAUUUGACUAUGUCGAACUCCAAGAACACGUAACAAAAGGGUCACUGACUGCUAAGCGGUUAUGUACUGCAUUAGAGCAUUUUUAUACAGCACUCAAUUCAAUCUUACACGUAGAACAUUUCGAUGAAAACUUAUUUAUCCAUGAAUUAGCUGAAGCAUAUCGUACUGAACAGCCUGUUGUCCAAGUACCCGGAGGCGCUUUAUAUAAAAGGUUUCAAGAAAUCAUUGACAGAACCCUGAAAAAUCGACCUGACGAUGAAGAUGCCCAAAUGUGUUAUGUCUACUUUCAUACAGAUCAACUUGAAAUGAAUGCAAAAUUGCUUGAUCAAUGGAAAAUAAAAAAUCCAAAAUAUAUACAUUAUUAUGAUAUAAGUGCAAAUAUAAACAACUUGUUAAAGCGUUUUGAUUUAGCUGUGUUAGACUGCAAUAUAGGCUUAAAACUAGAUCCGAAUUAUUAUGAGUUUUUCUAUACUAAAGCUUUUGCUCUAGGUAAUUUGAACCAUACCGAUCAAAAUGAGAUUAUUUCAAUCUAUCAAAAUUUUUUGAAUCUUGCACCAAAAGACCAUCGAAAACUUCCAAAUGCUUACUAUUUUAUGGCACAGUGUUAUUUUAUCAGAGAGAAACGAACGAAUCAUGAUACUACCUCUAAAAUUAUUUCUGAUUCCCUAGUUCAAGCAUACAAGCAAGGCUUAUCAGCUGAACUCUUGCAACUACCAUAUUACUUACCAUAUAAGUCAAAUGCUAAGAAAGCGCUUGAAGUUCUGCUCGAUUCCGUGUAUCGAAACGAAAACGGCAUACAAUCAGAACAGACGCAAACCACUUCCAUUCGACAAAAUACUGAUCAUCUAAUGAAUCCUGGCCGUAUCCAGCUGUUCAAAGAACACCGACUCUUCCUCGCCGAUACACAAAAACUAAUAAGCAAUAAUUCAUCUGUACGUAUAACGUCCACCAAUCCACCGCGUACGCUUCAGAAGAAACCUAGAAGAUUAGCUAACUUGAAAGAAAUAACCUUACGAGAAAUGAAUCCAACAAAAAAUCAGAUAUAUGAGAAUUGUGUCCUGUAUGUUACAAUUAUUGAGCAAACACUUUCAUUUGAUCCAUCAAUUUUCCUUCUAAUCGAAGAUGAAAACCUUGAUAUUGAACGACUAUUUAUCUAUGGGUUUUCCGAAGAAGAUGGACCACACCUCAUUGAAGAAGUUUUUGUAAUGGGUAAUAAGAUGGAAAUAUUAAACCCAUCUUUGAAAAUUGGUACCCUUGAUUUAAGGCCAAGUGUCCGCGUUGAUGAUUUGCGAUCGAUCAUCAUGCAAGACGACACUGACAGAGCAAUUAAGAUGUGUCGUUGCUGUGGUACACCAAAUGCACCAGAUGUGUGUGGAAAGUGUAAGCAUGCACGUUACUGUGGCCGAAACUGUCAAGUUAUCGAUUGGAAGACUUAUGAUCAUAAACUGAUAUGUAAGACAGCUCCAUAA